AUGGAGCCCACUAUUCAUAGCGAAUUUGAGCACGACACGGGCACGUGGCAGUAUGUCGUGGCUGAUCCGUCAACAAUGACGGCCGCAAUUAUUGAUCCUGUUCUGGAUUAUGAUCGUACAAGCCAAGGCCUUACUACGCACACCGCUGACGAGUUGUUGGCACUGGUUAAGGAGAAAGGCUACAAAGUGGAUUGGAUUUUGGAAACCCAUGUGCAUGCCGAUCACCUAACAGCGGCUUCAUAUCUUCAAAAGCGUCUUGCUGAAGAACAGGGAUAUAAGCCGUCUGUUGCCAUUGGCAAGCGAAUUGGCCAAGUCCAAAGGUUCUUCGGCAGGAGAUAUGGAGUUCCAGAGGAGCAAUAUCAAGUUGUUUUUGACCAUCUGCUAGAAGAUGACGAAGAGUUUAUGAUUGGCAGCAUCCAAGCUACGGCUAUGCAUCUCCCCGGCCAUACACCUGACCAUAUGGGCUACAAAGUUGGAGAUAACGUCUUUUGUGGCGAUUCUGUUUUUCAUGCCGACAUUGGCUCCGCGCGCUGUGAUUUCCCAGGUGGCAGCGCUGGAAGCCUUUACUCGUCAGGUCGUAAGCUGCUCAGUUUGCCAGACCAUGUCAAGAUCUGGACUGGUCAUGAUUAUCCUCCGAAAGACGGCCGCUCUCCACAAGCAUACAUGACUGUGCAUGACCACAGGGAGCAAAAUAAGCAUCUUAAGGACGGUAUCACGGCUGAGGAGUUUGUAGCUAUGCGAAAUGAACGCGAUGCAGGCUUAGCAGCGCCGAGGAUGCUCCACCAAUCUCUUCAAAUAAACAUACGAGGAGGGCGGCUACCAUCCCCGACCCCGGAUGGCCACCGAAUGCUACGCUUACCGCUGGACAUAAAGGGCGCAGAAUGGUAG